UUAAUCAGCUAUCAGCUGUCAGUAUUUCUAUCUACUGUCACCUGUCACAACCUGUCACAGCUGUUGUCUGUCAAAUUGUAUGUCAACAUUUUGAUUCCGAAACUGAAAUAUGGCUGGUUCAUUGAUUAAGCUAACUAAUUUCACAAAAACAAAUUACACUGGUAUUUGUGCUUCAAUCGCAAGUAAUGGACAAAUUUGCUUUUAUUCAAAUCCGCCUCCUGGGACACCUCCACCACAAACAAAAACCAAAUUUGGUCCUUUAGCAGAUGAAGAUAGGAUUUUCACUAAUUUGUAUGGCAAGCACGAUUGGAGGUUGAAGGGAGCCUUGAAACGAGGUGACUGGUAUAAAACUAAAGAAAUCCUUCUGAAAGGUUCAGAUUGGAUUAUAAAUGAAAUCAAAACAUCUGGUCUCAGAGGUCGAGGAGGAGCUGGAUUUCCUUCUGGUAUGAAAUGGUCAUUUAUGAAUAAACCAGGAGAUGGAAGGCCUAAGUAUUUAGUAGUGAAUGCUGAUGAGGGUGAACCAGGUACUUGUAAAGAUAGGGAAAUCAUGAGACAUGACCCUCAUAAGUUAGUAGAAGGAUGUCUUAUUGCGGGUAGAGCUAUGGGUGCCAAAGCCGCUUAUAUUUAUAUCAGAGGAGAAUUUUAUAAUGAAGCUUCCAAUAUGCAAGUUGCUAUAGCAGAGGCUUACCAGGCUGGCCUUUUGGGAAAAAAUGCUUGUGGCUCUGGCUAUGAUUUUGAUGUUUUUAUGCAUAGAGGUGCUGGAGCCUAUAUUUGUGGGGAAGAAACUGCUCUCAUCGAAUCUAUUGAAGGUAAGCAAGGUAAACCAAGGUUGAAGCCACCCUUCCCAGCAGACGUUGGUGUAUUUGGUUGUCCAACGACUGUGACCAAUGUAGAAACUGUUGCUGUUUCCCCAAGUAUUUGCCGUAGAGGAGGUGUUUGGUUUGCAUCUUUCGGGAGAACUCGUAAUUCUGGCACCAAGCUAUUCAACAUUUCCGGACAUGUUAACAAACCUUGCACAGUGGAGGAAGAAAUGAGUAUUCCUCUUAAAGAACUAAUUGAAAUACAUGCUGGUGGUGUCGUCGGAGGAUGGGAUAACCUUUUGGCAAUUAUACCAGGUGGUUCUUCAACACCACUUAUUCCCAAGCAUGUUUGUGACGAUGUGUUGAUGGAUUUCGAUGGAUUGGUGGCUGCACAGACGAGUUUAGGAACAGCUGCUGUGAUUGUAAUGAACAAACAAACAGAUAUUGUGAAAGCCAUUGCCCGACUCAUCAUGUUCUACAAACAUGAGUCAUGUGGUCAAUGUACACCAUGCAGAGAAGGUAUCAAUUGGAUGAAUAAAAUUAUGUACAGAUUUGUUGAUGGAAAUGCUAAGCCUGCAGAAAUCGAUAUGAUUUGGGAGCUAAGCAAACAAAUUGAAGGGCACACAAUUUGUGCUCUUGGUGAUGGUGCUGCAUGGCCAGUGCAGGGUCUGAUCAGGCACUUCAGACCAGAAUUAGAGAGGAGGAUGGAGGAAUUCCACAAGCAGAAAGCUGUAUCUUCAAAUUGAGGAGAUUUUUGUCUUAGAAUCACCUAAUUCCAAAAUAUUGGAAAAUCAAACCUUUUUCAUUUACUAAAUGUUGUAUUCUACAAUUCUAAGAGCAUUCAAAAGUGUAAAUAAGAUAAAUAAAGAAGUUAAUAUGA